AUGACUAACCCAUCCCCGGGGCCUUCACUCCUUCAGGCCCGCGGCUCUGAACCGCACCCUCAUUCCUUAACCCAUCGUCGCCGCCACGACUCCACACACGGCCAUCACCACCACCGCCACCGUCGUCAGUCUCCCACCAGGAGCGAAGAGACGGCCGAGCAACCGGGCAGCGGACACGAGACGGGCGUCGAAGAACCUUCGGCCGCAACCCAAAAACCUUCAAUCGCAGACACUAACGACCUCGGGCCCCCCAAUGGCGUCGGCCCCAGCGAAAGCUCUGUCCAUGUUGUAAAAAGCGUUGACAGCUCAUCCCCAACCGAAGUCGUCCAUAAUGCCUCGUCACCCUCUCCGUUUAAUUCCACAAGCUCUGCCCUCUACCUUCGCAGCGCAAUCGAGACGCCCAAAACACUGCUCGCCGGCUCUGUGCUUGGCAAGACCGCCGCCAUCCCCACCACAGACACGCAGGCGACUGCCGCCAUCCCCACAGCAGCCCUGGAUACCAGCAGCGGCUCUGCCACGUCGUCGCCGACUGGCUCAUCGUCGGUUGUAGCGACGACCGACACUUCCACCACGGCGGCGGCGACGACGACGGACUUGACCUCGGCCACCAGCUCGACUGCCACUAUAUCCGCGACGGCCUUUUCGACCGCAACCACGCAAUCCGACGAGUCGAGCUUCGCUUCGGCCUCAACUUCGGCCUCGUCCCUUAGUUUGUCCGACACAACAUCGACAUAUUCGGACGGCGGUUUCGUGGCGCCUUCGGCUGCAGGAGGGGCUCGCCCGCCCCCUUCCUCGGAUGCAAAAACUAAUGCGGGCAGCGCACACGAUCCGGAGCCUCAGAAAGUGCGCAUAAUUGGAGGCGUGUUUGGCAGCGUCGCUGGCGUGGCGUUCUUAGCCGUCUUGGUGCUGCUGGUCCUCAGGUACAAGAAGCGUAGAGACGCCGGUACAUUGUUAGGAGGCGGCCGGCUGGGCUCGACGGCUUCUGGGACUUUGACGGGCGGAGACUCGAUGGCCAUGGCCGAAAGGUCCGGGCCUUUGGCGGUCUCUGCCCCCUUUUCCAGCUUGACUCGAAAGAGAAAUUCGCGUCAACCUUCUGACCCAGUGGAAGAAGGAGGUGAGAGGGGUUUCUAUCGUGUGGCCGGCAGGAAGCUACCUCCGGUUCUGAUCACCGGUGGCGAUGGAUAUUCGGACCCGCGUGAAAGCAUCAUGAGCGGCGGCUCGGACUACUACCGCGACUCACAAGCGUUCGACCUGGCCGCCGCAGGAGGCCCGCGCCAGCUAGCUCUUGGUGCGCCAAUGCGGCCGGUGAGUGGCGUGCCGAUUAUGCGCUCUGGCCCGGCCCGCACUCCGGUCACGGAAAACCCGUUUGUCGAUCCCUUGGUUCCUCCUGCAACGCAAGAUACGCCAACCCGUCGCCCGGUGUCGCGGGCGUCUGCGUCCAAGUUCCAUGAGAGCAUAUGA